AUCCAAGGCCGCACGAGAUGCUGCCUCUAGAUCCGAGGAACCUCGCUAGUUUCCAUCUUUAUAUGUGUUGCGAGCGAGAUGGGGUGAUGGCGAGAGAUGGAAGCCUCGAAAGAGGAAUUCCGGUGAAUUAGUUUCUGUUGCCGUCGGGUGCUCCGAUAUUUCGUCUUAUAUGACCAUCUUCUGCAAGUUUCAUUCACAAUGCCUGAGGCGACCUGCAUGGAUAUGACAAAGGAAUUGUUGGUCUGCUAAUUUAGUGUGUGAUCUUGAUUGUCUGAUUGGUAAAGCAGCAGAAUCUCAUUUAGAAUCUAACAGCUAUGCAUUGCCAACUAGAUGUUUCAAUAUGAUCAGCAACAACUGCAUUCAAGUACUUCUCUUUGUUUAGCUAAUUAGCUCUACUCUUGAGGUACCGAGAUAUAUCAAUGGCUGGGAAUCUAUCAGAAGAUCUUCCCAAUGGGAAUGCAGGUGAAAUAAGCAGCCAUCCCCAACUUGCUUCUCUCGCUGUGAAUGAUGUAAGCGGUUGUGGAAAUUGCUUCAGUGAGACAAAUAAUUUAAAUGGAAGUGAAGAUAGGACUUCUGUCAUGUUGAAGAAGAGGCAGUGCGACCCAAUGCUUGGACAUUGUCCCAAGAAGAGACCACUAUCUGUUUUUAGGAUUUUGAGGGGCAUUGUGUGCCUAGUGGUUCUACUUUUGACGGCUUUCAUGAUGUUGAUUUACGUGGGCAUGUUUACUGCUGUGGUAUUGAGGCUGUUCAGUGUGCACUAUAGCAGGAAGUUGACAUCCUACUUUUUUGGGAAGUGGUUAGCUCUAUGGCCCUUUCUAUUUGAAAAAAUAAACAAGACAAAAGUUGUUUGGUCAGGAGACAUGGUUCCUCCAGGGGAACGGGUCAUGUUGCUUUGUAACCAUAAAACUGAGGUUGAUUGGAUGUACCUGUGGGAUUUUGCAAUAAGGAAAAGCCGUUUGGGAUACAUAAAGUAUAUACUGAAGAGUAGUCUAAUGAAAUUACCAAUAUUUGGCUGGGGUUUCCACAUUCUUGACUUUAUCCCAGUUGAAAGGAAAUGGGAAAAUGAUGAGCAGCUGAUACGACAGAUGCUUUCAGCUUUCGUUGAUCCGCAAGAUCCUCUUUGGCUUGUUGUUUUCCCUGAAGGAACUGAUUACACUGAGCAAAAGUGCUUGAGGAGCCAAAGGUUUGCAAAGGAGAAUGGCUUGCCCAUACUGAAGCAUGUACUUCUUCCAAAAACAAAGGGGUUCGCUGUCUGCUUGGAGGUGCUUAGGAACUCCUUGGACGCAGUUUAUGAUGUAACUAUUGGUUACAAGCCUAGGUGCCCAACUUUCAUGGACAAUGUCUUCGGUAUUGAUCCUUCUGAAGUUCAUAUUCAUGUUCGCCGCAUUCCACCGCAUGAAAUCCCGCUGUUGGAGUCUGAAGCUGCUACUUGGCUGAUUAACACGUUCCAGCAGAAGGACAAGCUUCUUUCAGAUUUUCAUGGUAAGGGUCAUUUUGCACUUGAGACCACGGAAGACAAUCUCUCGAUGCUUAGGUGUGUCACAAAUUUUGUUUUUGUGGUUACACUAUCUGGUAUAUGUGCAUUUUUGACCUACUCGUCCCCCUGGUUUAAGUUACAUGUUACCUUAAGCUGUGUUUACCUUUCUUCUGCAACAUAUUUCAACAUGCGACCACCACCCUUAUUUCGUAGCAUGAAGCCCAUUCUCUCGUUGUAAUUGUUUCUAAUGCCGCCAUCUAGUCUUUGUAGAACUGUAUAUGAAAUGUUGUUGGGCCAUGCUUUUCCUGGCCUUACUUUC